ACCUGCCCCCCGCCCCAACCAAUGUAGGGUGGGGUUGGGGGGCAGGGUGAUGAGUGCUCAGAAGUCAACGCGGAGAAUUUUCCUUCCUCCUCUCUUGAAGUUACCAACGAAAAAUUAGCGCCAGCAGGAGCAGCCUGCAGCUCUUCAGCUUCUCAGCUUCAGCGUAGUCAGACCGAGAAGGGGUUCCCGGUCCUGGGGGUGAAGGGGGAGCCGAGGACGCGGGCGGCGAUGUCCUAGGCGGGGACCGCCUCCCUCCAGCUCCGGGCGCCCAGCGUGCCGGCGCUUCUGGCGGCCGGCGGGCGGCGGCAGCGGCUGCGAUCCGCAGGCUCCAGAUCUGGCGUCCUGAGAUCCGCUCUCUCUCCCCCGCCCCCACUUACCUCCUGGCACCUUGAAACGCGAGUGGGACCCGGGGCACUUUGCAAAGAGCAGGAGGGACGAGGCAGCGAGCUAGCCGGCGGAGAGUGAGAGGGCGAGAGGAGAAGCGAGGGGGAAAGGAAGGACUCCGCGGCCGGAGGACUCGGAGCGCGCUGCCGGCGCGGGGAGCGCGCAGCGGCCUCCGAGGAGGAGGAGGAGGAGGAGGAGGUGGCGGCGCGGGCAGGCGACGGCGUCGCGAGCUGGGCAGCUGCGCUCGGCUUGGCGGUGGCGGACAGCGAGGGGUCACACGCACCGCCGAGAUGGACUGCUGAACCUGCGGGACUCCACGACCGAACUGGAACCGGGAGCUGGGCGCCAGCGCACCCAGGACACCGUGCCCUAAGGGGCCCCCUACUGCAAAGCUGCUAACUUCAAGUCCCUUGCUUCGGCUGGCACAAACACGCCCCCGCGUCCCGCUCCUAGCAGCCACUGCAAGCCUCCCGGUGGAGAUCAGCGCCUCUCGGGUGUCCCCACCCGCCACCCCGACUCUGCCCGGCCGCCAGCCACGGGCCCCCAGCAGACUCCGCCCGGCACUCGGCUUCCUCGAACUUGAUUUCUCACCUCCUCUGUCCCGUCACCUCCAUCCUCUUUCCUCCCCCGUCUCGCCUCCACCCCCUCGAUUUCCUCCUCCUCGCCCCCCAUUUCCACCCUCCUCCCCCUCCCCCGGCCACUUCGCUAACUUGUGGCUGUUGUGAUGCGUAUUCCCGUAGAUCCGAGCACCAGCCGGCGCUUCAGCCCCCCCUCCAGCAGCCUGCAGCCCGGCAAGAUGAGCGACGUGAGCCCGGUGGUGGCUGCGCAGCAGCAACAGCAGCAGCAGCAGCAGCAACAACAACAGCAGCAGCAGCAGCAACAGCAACAGCAGCAACAGCAGCAGCAGCAGCAGCAGCAGCAGGAGGCGGCCGCCGCAGCAGCAGCAGCGGCAGCGGCGGCGGCAGCAGCGGCGGCUGCAGUGCCCCGGUUGAGGCCGCCGCACGACAACCGCACCAUGGUGGAGAUCAUCGCGGACCACCCGGCCGAACUGGUCCGCACCGACAGUCCCAACUUCCUGUGCUCCGUGCUGCCCUCGCACUGGCGGUGCAACAAGACCCUGCCCGUGGCCUUCAAGGUUGUAGCCCUUGGAGAGGUACCAGAUGGGACUGUGGUUACUGUCAUGGCUGGGAAUGAUGAGAACUACUCCGCUGAGCUCCGAAAUGCCUCUGCUGUUAUGAAAAACCAAGUAGCCAGGUUCAACGAUCUGAGAUUUGUGGGCCGGAGUGGACGAGGCAAGAGUUUCACCUUGACCAUAACAGUCUUCACAAAUCCUCCCCAAGUGGCCACUUACCACAGAGCUAUUAAAGUGACCGUGGAUGGUCCCCGGGAACCAAGAAGGCACAGACAGAAGCUUGAUGACUCUAAACCUAGUUUGUUCUCUGACCGCCUCAGUGAUUUAGGGCGCAUUCCUCAUCCCAGUAUGAGAGUAGGUGUCCCGCCUCAGAACCCACGGCCCUCCCUGAACUCUGCACCAAGUCCUUUUAAUCCACAAGGACAGAGUCAGAUUACAGAUCCCAGGCAGGCACAGUCUUCCCCACCGUGGUCCUAUGACCAGUCUUACCCUUCUUAUCUGAGCCAGAUGACGUCCCCAUCCAUCCACUCCACCACGCCGCUGUCUUCCACACGGGGCACUGGGCUACCUGCCAUCACCGACGUGCCCAGGCGUAUCUCAGAUGAUGACACUGCCACCUCUGACUUCUGCCUUUGGCCUUCCUCUCUCAGUAAGAAGAGCCAGGCAGGUGCUUCAGAACUGGGCCCUUUUUCAGACCCCAGGCAGUUCCCAAGCAUUUCAUCUCUCACUGAGAGCCGCUUCUCCAACCCACGAAUGCACUACCCAGCCACCUUUACUUACACCCCGCCAGUCACGUCAGGCAUGUCCCUCGGCAUGUCCGCCACCACUCACUACCACACGUACCUGCCACCACCCUACCCCGGCUCUUCCCAAAGCCAGAGCGGACCCUUCCAGACCAGCAGCACUCCAUAUCUCUACUAUGGUACUUCGUCAGCAUCCUAUCAGUUCCCCAUGGUCCCCGGGGGAGACCGGUCUCCUUCCAGGAUGGUCCCGUCAUGCACUACAACCUCGAAUGGCAGCACGCUAUUAAAUCCAAAUUUGCCUAACCAGAAUGAUGGUGUUGACGCUGACGGAAGCCACAGCAGUUCCCCAACUGUUUUGAAUUCUAGCGGCAGAAUGGAUGAGUCUGUUUGGCGGCCAUAUUGAAAUUCGUCAGCCAUGGUCCAGUGGCAUGCAGGGGCCACAUCCCACAUGUGUUAAUAUAUACAUAUAUAAAAAGAGUGCCUAUAUAUGUAUAUCGAUUAGCUAUCUAGAAGAUUUCUCAUUCACCCCCUAGUCAUGAUCUUGCAACCCUAAGAGGGUGGGGACAAUCAUAACUGGGUUUCAUAUUGUUUACUAUUUAAGAGGUCCCUUUUACCAAGGAACAAAUGGUCAAAGGUGUUGUCUGGUCUGUUUUUGUAAGUGACCUGUUCCCAUGCCAAUUCAGAGAGGUGGACUCUGGGUCCGGGAAGGAGAAGGGCCACUUCCUCCCUGUGCUUUGAAACCACAGGCCUCUGCUGUGUGGAGGCCGGUGCACUCUGCAGACCAGCUUACAAAGCCAGAUGUGGUGCACUCGGAAAGGGACGAGAGGCAGCGUGACUGCUUCCGCUGCCAUCCACUCUGAAUACCUGUUCCAAAGUUUUCCUUCAGACUUGCUGCAGGUACUCAUUUGAACUUUUGAGUUCACUUUUUUUUUUCUAUUCUAAGAAAGUGACUUCAAAAAUACUGAUCAGGACAGAUUAUUUUAUUUUACUUUUUUAUACUCCCUCACUUUCCCCAUUUAACCAAAAAGAAAUCCCAUCCCCCUCCUCCAUUCCUCCUGCUUCUCCCUUUAUGCAAAACUGAAAAUGGCAAUACCUUAUUAUAGCCAUAAUGAUAUAGUGUUUGAGUUGGCUGUGUGUUAUUUGUUUUUUUUUCCUUUUUCUUUUUUCUUUUUUAAAUUAUGAAUAUGUGUAAAAUCUGAAGUAACUUGCUAACGUGAAUGGUCAUAUAACUUUAAAGAUAUAUUUAUAAUUAUUUAAUGACAUUUGGACAUUUGGAACAUUUCUUAGUGUAAUAAUAUGUUGACUUCGGUCUCUAAAAGUGCUUCUUCUUAAAUAACAAGUUUCUUCAGCGGGCUAGAGCCAUAUUGGAAAUAUUGCUAAGCAAUUUCAAUUCCUUCAGGCAUAAUGUGAUUUUAUUUUUGAGGAUAACUCCCAUCUUCAAACACUUUAGAUGUAGUUUGUUUUCAUGAUGUAUGAAGGAAAUGCUGUGUCUCUUUCAGGUGUUUGAUUGCCUCUGACACAGCUUUGCCUUUUAAAGCAAUAAUUAGGGAUUAAAAUAACAAAAACAAAACAAAAACCACCUGUAGCCCUUUAACACUUAAUGUGGCCCCUUUUCUAGCAUGAAAUGCUGGAGACAUGUGGUUUCCUAAUUUCUUCAUUUUGGGGGGUGGGGUGGGAGGGGCCAUUAUGACUCUUGUCAUAUUAAAAAGCCAAGCACAAGUGAUUGGUUGAACUGCAGAAAAGUGUUCUGUGGUCUCAAGAGUUGAGCAAAACUCUAAAUUGCAGGCUUCGUGGUUGAGGGCCUGGUCAGCUGAAAGCCACACGUGUGAUAAAGGCGCAGUCAUGGCAUGUACAGCCUAAGAACACAGACACAUGAGGAGUCUGCACCCAGCAGCCUUACCGCACAGCCAUUCAGGGGAACCCAAAAGUGCCUUAGCCAAGGAGGGCCCCCAGCGGCUUUCCAAGAAGUAGAAUGAAGUCACUGUCCUAGGGGAGCUGGCCAGCCAAAGUAGCAAUCUGUAGCUGGUGUCAGUAGAUACAGAACCUGUGGGGAUCCCCAAGAAGCCCUUGAUAUUGGAGGCUCUCACUAGGGAGGGCCAAGUGAAGAAGGCCAUGUACCCAUUGGUGUCUGCCACUGUGUGUGAAUUUGAGAUCCAGCUCUCCUGGGAGGAUGCCCUGUGAUCAUUCCUGGCACCUCGUGGCCAAUCUCCGAGUAUGACUCCCUAAUCCAAGCUAAGGAUCAAUGACACCACCAGGUCAAUCCCUGCAUUCCUCCUGCACAAAGUGUUUGUGAGUCGGGGGUAGAUUGGGGUGGGGCCACCUACAUUUGAAUCCUGAGUCAUUCUAAGAGUUCUCUGCAGGCUUUUGCCUUCAGCCCCUACACCCCUUUGCUCUCUGCUCCUUCUCAGGUUGACCUUUGUCCCAAUGUGGGACAGUUCAGGGGCAAAUGGGGACCUAUGUGUGCUUCUAACCUGUGUUUUCCUCAGAAUUCAUCCUGACUCCCUCUGAUACAAAUUAAUGGGGGAGGGGGGGGAAGAAACCCACCCUGCACCAAAGCAAAACACUUCGCCUUCUAAAGGUUGUGUACCAAGUAUACACAGAUGGUCAGGCCACCUUUGUGUUUCUUAAGAUGGAAAUCAUCGUAACGGAUGCUAUUUAUUGUUUGUGUGUGGUAGCUUGAAGCACACCACGGUCCACGUGUUUGUCUGAGCAGCAUUUACAAAAGCCAGUGUCUGGUUACACUUUUCAGUUUUCAUUAAUUGACAUGAAAAUGUUACCAUCAGUGCCAGCUGCACCCUAUUUAAUUUUUCUUUAAAAGGCACUAUAUUUGUACAUUAUAUUUUUUAACGUUAAAGGGCUUCUUAAGGUUUACAAUACAGUUAUUAAAGGGACAAGAGGGUGCAUUAGUGCCUAAAUGUUAUUCUAGUGGCUGCAGGCAGCAACCCAGGAACAUUUUUGAAAACAGGUUGUUUCCCUCUGUCCUCCCUUAUUUGGGAAAAAUUCAAGUGCUUUCUUUCCCUGUCAGGCACCUCAUCAGGUGACUCCCGUUACUUAGAACAGUCUUUCUUUGGUUUUGUGUUUUUGUUUUUGUUUGUUUUUGUGGGGACUAGGGUUUAAAAUCCCCCUUCGUCUUCCCUUAUCUCUGAAACUCUUCAUUUGCACUGGGUCACAUGUAUGAUUUGUGGUUUUAAGACCAACACAACGUCUUAUUACUCUUCUGAAACUAUUUGGUACAACCAACCCUCCACUCCACUUCCCGGGCUUAGAUUUAUACGGUUCUCAAAGGAGCACAAACAUGGCUGCGAUUUACGGUGGGAUCCACACAGCCAUAUUAAAACAAAACAAAUCAAAUCAAAACAAAACAAAAAAACCUCUUCAGUUGUCUCAGAAUUUUAAUGUAGGCCACAGUUCCUAACGGGCAUCAUGACUUUGGUGUCAGGCUAGUGAAUGAUGCCAGCCCGUAACAGAAAGACUUAACAGAUUUAACUAGUUUGCCCUCAUCCUUUACUCCAAGACCCUAAGAAAACAGAGAAACAUCUCCACACCAUUAGAGACUGUCCACUGUUGGUUGAGAAGGGAGGAGCCAUGUUGGGGGUUCCCUCUGCUCCAAGGAAAGGCACUGACUGACCUAGUUAUAGACAGUAGUAGCAGAAGCAAUCCCUGCCACGGUAUUUGAGAGAGUAAUAAACAAUAAAAGAUGAUUCUUCCAAACUUUGAAUUUGUUGUUCUUAAAGAAGAUAAUGCAUCUAAAACAAAGAUUUUUUUUCUAUGUGGGAACGUUCUUCGUGUUGUCUGUUUACUUCAUGUUUACAAAUAAUUGUUUGCUUUUUAAUGCAUUACUUUAAAAAUAUAUCAGCCAAAACCAUAACUUACAGUAAUUUCUUAGGUGUUCUGAAUAAAAUUCCAUGUCUUUCGAUAUGCCUACUGUUCUUAGGUUUCUGCAGAACAACAACCAAAAAUUGUAGCAUUUUGUGUAAAUACAGCUUUCGUUCUUAUUUUUUAUUUUUCUGAUUGCUAUUACCCAAGACUUGCUUUCCAUGCACGUAUUGUACAAAUUCUGCUUUGUGCCACAGGUCACGACUGUGGGUGAGUUUACUCUGAACUUCAAAGGGACUAUUUGUAUUGUAUGUUGCAACUGUAAAUUGAAUUAUUUGGCAUUUCCCCCCCUCAUGAUUGUAAUAUUAAUUUGAAGUUUGAAUUUAAUUUUCAAUAAAAAGGCUUUUUUUUCUUUU